AUGAAAGCCUUUGAGGAAUAUUUGCCGGAUGAUGUCGAUAUUGUCUCGUGCCAUUCCCUUCACGGGCCAAAUGUUGACACGCGUGGCCAACCUCUUGUCAUGAUCAAGCACCGAGCAUCGGACGAAUCCUUUGCCAAAGUCGAGACUGUUCUCAGUUGUCUGGGCAGUAAACACGUAUACUUGACGGCAGCAUUGCACGAUCGGAUUACCGCAGACACGCAGGCUGUGACGCACGUUGCCUUCUUAUCUAUGGGCAAGGCCUGGCAUGCCAUGCAGCAGUUCCCUUGGGAAGGUGCACGGUAUGUAGGUGGGAUCGAAAAUGUCAAAAUCAAUUUGAUGCUUCGGAUAUAUGCGCAAAAGUGGCACGUGUACGCAGGAUUGGCCAUCAUGAACCCGGAAGCACGGAAGCAGAUUGCACAGUAUGCUGCAAGCACCACCGAGCUCUACAAGCUUAUGCUUGAAGGAAGGUCGGAUGACCUGCGAAGACGAGUCUACGAAGCGAAAGAUAGAGUGUUUGGCACUUUUGAGAACCCCAAAUGGGCAGAGAAGCCACUACUGAACGACGGGCUACUUGAUCGCUUUGGCCUUGGCGAACGCCCAGAGAGUGUACUCCCCAAUAACCACUUGAGCUUAUUGGCAAUGGUAGACUGCUGGAGCAAACUCGGGAUCGUGCCCUACGAUCAUAUGCUUUGCUCGACACCACUGUUCCGUUUACGUCUGGGCGUGACGGAAAACUUGUUCCGGGACUCUGAGAAGCUGGAUGCAGCACUACGUGUUGCCAUUGAGGACAAUACUUUCCGGUCGGACGACCUGGAAUUUACAUUUGCGGCAAGGGGUUGGGCUGAGUGUGUGAAUCUGGGACAUUUCGACACUUGGAAGGAGAGAUUUGAUGUCACCCAGCAGUUUUUCCAGCCGCGAUUUGCCUCGGCUAUACAAGUCGGAAACGAGAUGAUGCGAGCACUGCUCGAGAGCAAGACCGGUUGA